UAUUGUAGUUAGAUAUCGAUCAAUCUAAAGACGGCCCCAGAUCGAGCGGCGGCUUGGGUCUGUAACGGUACGAUACGGUAUGGAACGGGGCACAUGCGAUCCCCGUCACAGAGGGCUGAACCUAGGCGGUACCUCGCCCGACUAUGUAGCCCUCAUACUGAAGUCAAGUGCUUGUUGGGCCCACCCCGAUCGACAGACCCGUCAUGUUUGCCUGUCCUGUCACUGCCGGUACCGUACCGCCCUGUAUCGCUUGCUCUUUUGCCCCCCAUGGAAACACGCAGCAUCUUUUUUCCCCAAGAGUGCCAGCUUAUCUAUCAUCUUGACUCUGUUGCUAAAGGACUUCAUAUUUCUUUUCUUUUUUACUGGUCUUUUUCUCCCUUUCUCGUUUCUUUUCUUUCCUUUUUUUGCGUGAUCCUUUUUUUUCACCUCGUUGGGAUUUUUUACUAUCUCACCAUUCCUUCUCUGAAUUAUCUGAAUUAUUUUUUUCUGCCGUCCUAUUUUUUCGCCUUUGGGCUGUCUUUCUCACCUCCCCGCCGGUGCAAGACGAGAUCAAAAAAGAUCGAUCCGCCCCGACGAAAUUUCUGUGUCAUGCUGGCUGCGCUUGUGUGACAGCUGGAUUACAUUGAUGCCGUGCUUGGUCUUUCGUCUACAUUCCCAUCCUUCGACGCUCCACUAAUCACCGUCGACUUCAUCCUCCCUCCAUCUUGCGCAACGACCACAUUCCUCCCCAGACCUACCUAUCCUAUCCUACCUAUCCUACCGACGCUGCAACAAUUUCACCCCCCCCUCCCCCUUGCUGCUGCGAAUCAUCCAAGCUCCUCACGCUUGUCUGAUUACCCUCCUCGGCCGUCCUCUUUUUUGUUUCCCCACAGGGCACAUGAGGGCGAUCUGCGAGAUUCGAGGUUCCUGGAGCAUGCACGGAGCGUAGUAACGUCGUGAUACACUCUGGCAAUUCUGAUCCACGGCUACUUGCUGUGAAUUG